AACGAGGAAAGCUUAUGCACGUCGAGUCACUAAAGUUUAACGAUAUCUUACUUUAUUUCAAAGUGAUAACAAAGUUGGUAGAAAGAAUCUCUGCUUGUUGUUUCGCGUAUGAUGCCUUUGAUUUUGAUCGAUCUAAUGUAGAAUGCGGACGAACGAAUGGAAUGCUUGCUUUCUUAUCCUACAUCGUAUUCAUUUAAUGUGUUUUUGAUAAAAGGAUAAAACAGAAUGAGAUGCUCGCUGCGAAAAAUAAACCGAUCGAAACCGAUUUGCUUCCGUUCGUUUUAUGUGGAACGCGGAGUUCCUUCUCGUAUUUCACACGUACGACGCUCUCACAGGGCAACAACUCUGGCAUUCCUUGCCGUCGGGAUAACUAUUAUUACGAGUCGGCGGAUCCGGGACAAGAGACACGACGAUAGUUCUCCUCUCCUCCCGUUCUUCUCUCUCAUACCCCUCCUUCGUUCUUCUCGUUCCACCGCUAGUAACCCUCUCCUCACAUUUUCUGUACUUGGACCUCACGAUGGGGUCCGAAUUUAAGCAUCCAGUAAUUUUGCCAGUGCGACCUACCUACCUACGUUUUAUCUCAACGCAUCCAAGUAUUCUCGUCGAUCCGAUUGCCCGUAUUUUCCAACCACGAGAGUCCAAAUUUUCUUUUAACGUUUCGAUAUCUGUUCUGUCCUAGCAGUCUAGACUUCACAUAUGAAGAACACUUUGUACUUUAAGCGUUUACAGCUCAAGACUUUCAUAUAAUUCGAAAUAAUUCGUCAUACUCGUCUCAAUUAUUCCUUAAUCCUAAAAAAAAAAAACUCAUCCUUACGUUAGGUUACGAAGAUUAUUUCGAUAUGUCGAUAAAAUUCUUUUUGUCGACGAUAUUGUCAUAUCACAGUUUGAUACUUUGCUAUUUGGUAGGAUGCAUAGUGGGCUCGCGCGCGCGUUCUAUUAUUGUAUACUUCCUUCUUGGCACGUUUAACUCUUCUACGGAUAAAUUUCUUGGUACUUUUAGAAAACUCGAUUCCAUCGAUUGUGUGCGUUUUACUACAUUGUUAUCCUAUUAAAUGAUUCGAUAGAGAUACAAGGCUGAAAUGAGCACGUGAUAUUUAGAUAUGUCCUUAUUUAUAUGUACCUUUUUUAUGUAGCCUAUCUUACGAUAAGAAAGGAGGAUCUACGCGGGUAUCGUUUUAUUAACGACGUAAUCACCCAUUUGAUUACUAAUUUAAAUGUCGAAGGAGUUAUGCGCGCGAGAGCGCGAUAUAGUGCACGAGUUACCCUCGUCUUAUGGUGGUACUUCGGUGGCAGGUAAAAUGCAGGUGACGGCCAAGAUUUACGGGCUACCUGCGACCGGCUCCUCCCACCAUUCGUUCUUAAUGGUUAUAGAGGCCACAGAAUUAAAGGGAUCAGCCAGUCGACCUUACCUGCCAACGUGUAUCGUUUCUUCAUUUUUCUCUUUCUUGUUUCUUAAAGAAAAGGCCUUCACCUUUUCACGAUGAGCCUUUUGGUAGGAGGAACUUCUUAGAAAUUUCCAAUCCCGUUUCUGUUUUAGCCUUCUCAAACUCGGAACUUCCGCCUAUGUCUUCGGUUAGAAGCAACAGUUAUCCUUGAAUAAAAUCGCGGUGGAUACGAAUAAUAUGAAGGUCGUUUGAACGCGGAUACCGUUUGAUUGUUGGACAAAAAUGUAAAUAACACUAUUCAGGAACGAGAGAGCGAUAGAGCGGGAGAAUGGGCAAGCAAGAGAGCGAGACUUGGUCGAGAACUUUGGUUCGUCUCUCGUACGCGCAUUUUUCCUUUUCUUUUAAGUUCUCGUUUUUUUUUUUUUUUUCCUUUCCUUAGAUCUUGAGAUCUAUAUGCCGGCAAUAGAAAUUUCCUUUUCUCGAAAGAGCAAACGUCGACGCACAAAGGGAGCGUAGUCCAUAUGUUGGCAAGUAGAGAAUUACUUAUACGAUAAGUUCGAAAUUGAACAGACCUCUUCUAGCGUAGCGUAAGAGAUGAGGAAGAUCGAGAUGAAACGAGUCGUACGUGUGGCGCAGUGCGUGCGUGCGCGCGCUGAUGUGUGAGAGAAAGAAGAGGAGGUUGGUUCCCAUGAAGAGAAGCUGGUGCCGAGUGACGAGGGUGAACUAGGUUUUUUUUUUUUCCAUCGACUUCCGGUCGACGGUACUCGCAUGCACGUGCAUCGGAGGGCUCGUCGCUGUUCUUUGUAACACAAGCAGUAGUUCUCAAACAUGAGGUCAAUUCGUACCGUCCGAGUUCUUGGAAUCAGUACACCGGAUUUUGAGUCCAACCCCAAACAUUUAGCGCGUUUGGUAUCGUCGCUCUAUGCUACCGAUAAACGCAACCCAUCGCGAUAUAUUUCUCCAAUCUAAUGAUACAUGUCGUGGCAAUAACGAUUAAAGAAUUUUUAGCGAUCGUUACGAUCAUAACGAUUUUAGUUAAUUUUUUUUUAAGCGUGCAGAUAUGAACGCGAAGCGUAAUAUUUCGAAGCCUUGGACAGACAUCAUGAAGAUGUCGGAUAAGAGCGAAGAAGAAGGAAGAAGAAGAGAGAGGAAAGAGGAGGAGAACGAGCGCACGCGCAUUUAAAGAAGAAAGAGAGAGUGGGAGGGAGGAGGGUCACUGACACGUCGCUGAAGCGUUUUAUCAGUCGAGUGCACAGCCCACAUAGUUAGGCUGCGUUCACACGUGCUCGUGGACAUCGUACCGUCCGCCCCCUUUACUGCGCCUAGAUAUUCGACUGUCGUUCGUGAACGGACGUAUGCCAGCGUGCACGGCACGCGGAAAGAGAAAAACGCGAAGAAGACGAGACGAGGUAGAGAGAGAGGGGGGAGGGGGGGGGGAAGACGAAGCUACAGGAUGGAAGUACGAAAGGAAAAAGAAAGAAACACGGAAAGUCCAAUGAUUUCAAUGAACACCAUUAUCGUCCACUAUCUCGAACGUUGUCGGUAUUCAAAAAACAUGUUCCACGAAGAGUUAUUGACAUGUACGAUCGCACGCACACACACGUCUCGGACUCUACGUCUCGAUGCUAACGACUCAUGGCCGAUGACCAUUGUUUGCAUGUUUUUUUUUCUUAUUAUGCCUCACCUAUGUACGUAAUCGUGUAACGUACAUAAGUACCUAUUCGCAUCGUAGAAUAUUUGAUAAUAACUUUUAAUAGAAAUUCCCGGAGAAUAAAAGGAAUUGUGGGCAAUGAGCAAUUUCGAUCGAAAGAUUCGAUCGAAUGCGACGUAUUAAUUAAGUACGACCACUGGGAAUGUUUUACUGUAAGUCACAUAAUCGAACAUUCAAGUUGAUAAAUAAUCAACGAUACGAUUGAAGACGAGCAACAACAUUGGCAGGAUCCUACGAGGAAUGAUUUUUGCGGCACUUUGGCUUCGACUUUGUAUGUCACCGCGAGCGAUAACCCGUCAUAAGUCUCUCGUAAACAAAAAGAGUACAGAAGCCAAUAUACAUUUAUGUUAUUAUAUCGAUGUAUAUAAGUAUAGUAUAUUUAUAUGCGAGUAUGUGUACGUAGCACCACUAUGUGGAUUUAGAUACAUUGGAUGAUCAGAGUUACGUUAGAAACGGUUUAUCGCUCGAAGCGUUACAUGUUCGUGAUAUACUGCUUGCCGUACGUAGAAAGAGUAUCUUUUUUAAUUGAGAUUAUUCGGCGAGAUGGUCGAAAGUUUUACAAGGUUACCUACGUAUGCACGAAGACAAAUUCGCCGCCAGUCGUCCGGUGAACUUUAUUUUCCGCAUUGAUGUUUUACGCACGCGCAAUCGUGCGAUUAAGACGGUUUAUAGAUUUACGGAGAGAACUCACGUUUCAUCCGUCCGUUGCCGUUAACUUGAAGAUGGUUGGCCGUCGGGGCAUCGCCAUCGGAUAUACGAUAAGGAAAACAGUAGUCAGAAAUCUGAGGCGUGUUAUGAAAUUGUUGCCAGCGAUUCAAUUGCCACAAUUACCGCCGGUUUCCGCUGCGAGCGGAUUAACCGGGAUGGAUUCUCGACUACCACCGGGUAUAUCGUUGCCCUUUAGUCCUACGGAUUUACUUUGGCGAUACGGACCCAGUAUGAAUUUUCCGCCAACGACGCAUCCACCACCGAGUCCGUUGCUCGAUUUUAAGACGCACUUGCCUGCGAGUUUAGCUUCCGAUCCACGACUCUGGUCAAGAGAGGACGUCGCCGCGUUCUUACGGUGGGCCGAAAGGGAAUUUGAUUUGCCGCAAUUCGACAUGGAUAUGUUCCAGAUGAACGGAAAGGCGCUUUGCCUCCUAACGAAAGCCGAUCUUGGCGAAAGGUGCCCCGGGGCGGGUGACGUCUUGCACAAUGUCUUGGCGAUGCUUGCGCGCGAUUUCAAUCAGUUACAGAGGUGCCUUCCCAGUAGUCCUGUAACACCUACCAGACCAUCGGCUUAUCCGCUCAGUCCUCAUUCGCACCCGCCAACGCCUACGUGGACUGAAAAUCCGUACGCCGCAAAUCUGGCCUCGCUGAUGUCCGCCAAUUCCGUUACAUUGUCUCCGGCACCGUCCGUCGAUAGCCAGGCUGGUUCACCUGGACACGCGGAUGGCAACCAAACGCAGAUUUAUAAGAGCGAUUCGGACGAGGACAAUCAUCAAGUAGGGGGAAGUAACAGUCCUCCGGCGACGCCUACGGCACUCGCUGCGCAAAGACUCAGCGAGGUUUGCGUUAAGGAUCAACCAAGUCCGACGUUACCUUCCCAAAUGAUGCCUCUUACUUCGGGCGCAUAUAGGCCGGCCGCCGCGAAUACCGCGAGAGAAUUCUUUCCUAGCGAUUCGUCCGAACCUAAUACCAAUGGGAGGCUUUUAUGGGAUUUUCUUCAACAGUUACUCAACGAUCCAUCUCAACGAUACACGCAUUAUAUAGCGUGGAAGAGUCGAGAGACUGGAGUUUUUAAGAUUGUUGAUCCUCCUGGCUUAGCACGGCUAUGGGGGAUACAGAAAAAUCAUUUGUCUAUGAAUUAUGACAAGAUGAGCAGAGCUUUACGUUAUUACUAUCGCGUAAACAUACUUAGGAAAGUCCAGGGAGAGCGGCAUUGUUAUCAGUUUCUCCGAAAUCCAACUGAACUGAAGAACAUAAAAAAUAUAUCUUUGCUGCGACAACAAAUGCGAAUAAAAUCGGAACCCGAGGAGGAGGGAAGCAUGACCGGAAGCAGUCUGGACACGGAAGCGGACAUGCCGACGGAUCUCUCGAUGUCCACUAUGAAUCAACCGUCGAGCGAGCAGCCUCUACCGCUACACGAUCCACCUACCAAGUACAGAAGUCACGCGUAUAAUCUCGUUAAGGCCAGUCAGGAACCGGAAGAGAGGAAGUGACGAGGGUCCUAGCGUUGAUAUCGCGCGACAGCGCACGAUUACAUACGAUAGUACGCUAUCAUUGAACGUUGGCGCUAAUGCGAAUAUGUUGCGGGCUCUCGUUUUAAAACUGUAUGCCUCCGAACGGUACGCGAAAAGACACAACGAAAGGCCGUCCAGUAUGUAUACCGACGUCGUUGGAUACGAUCGAGGACGCAUUUCAUAGGGUAGCUGUGAUGCAAGUCUUUAGAAGAAGUGGAUAUCGCUAUUUGGUUACCAAUUCUAGAAUCGAUUAAAAUCGACUAGAAUCGCCUAGAAUCGACUAAAGAAAAUAAAAUAUCGAGAAGAUCGUAGCAAGAUAUUUCUAUCGAUGGCAAGUGCGAUAUGCCGAAGGAUGCCUCUCGAACUUCGUCCAUACAUCGGUCAAAAAUCUAUUGCUGAUUAUGAUAGUACAAGAUUCCUCCUCCCUUUUAUGUAAGGACUUUUGAGAGAACAAUCCUAACAGAAAGCCAAGAUUUAAUGAAAGCCUUUAUGAUCGGGCCAUAAUGGUGGGCAAGGUUUCAGCCGCCUGUGAUUAUGAACCAUUUUUCUUGAGGACUAUGGGACUCAUAAGAAUGAGUAAAUAUCGUGGGAUUUAUCAUCGUCCAUUAUGAAUUGAUGCCUCUUACUCAAGUGCAAUCAGAUGAUAGCUAUCGAUUACCGAGCAACACAAUUAUUAAAGGACGUUAAACUUCUUUAGAUGGAUUUCAAUAAGCGUGCAAAAUAUUUUAACAAAAAUUACGUGUAAUACGUGUAGGAUAUCGUAGGAUAUCGUCGUGGUUUUUUAAGGAGAUAUUUACGAAAUAUAAUAUUUUAUUAAAUUCGAAUAUUAUAUAAUGCAUAAUAUUCAAUAAGACAACGUAAGCUGAAAAAUGGGAAAAAUGGUCGAAGGUAUACUUGCCAGGAGAUCUUUGUGCGAUCUUUGUUAAAGUUACUUCCUUGCGGAAUCAAGAUAUCACCACCUCCAUGCUAUUCUCCCAACAUAUCGACUCUAGUAAAAAGCGAAAGAUCUGGAUUGCCUAUUAUUGUACGCUUCGUAAUACAUGAUGAUUCGUUAUAACCGUCGUGGAAAAAUACUUUGGUUUAAGCGGUGAAUCGUCGUGUCGAAUCGGUGGACGCUUCAGUGAAGCUUAAAGGUUUGCGGAUAUUCCGCUAAUGUUUCUCCAUAUCUUCUUUCAUGAAACCCUCUUUUUAAUGCGAAACGUUUUAGUUUUACUUUUUCCUUAAAUCUAGAGUAAAUACACAUAUAUACGUAUGUGUAUCUAAUGUACGUAUGCCUAAAUAUAUGUAUAUAUACAUAUAUACAUAUAUACAUAUAUACAUAUAUACGUACAUAUAUGCACAUACGUGUAUGUGUGUGCGUGUGCGUGUGCGUGUGCGUAUGUGUAUGUAUGUAUAUAGACACGUACACACCACACACACACACACACAUACGCGUGUGCGCGCGAUAGUAUAAUGCUAAUAAAUCACAUUAUCAGAGCGAACAUAUAAGAGAUAUGCGCAAUGUCCGCAUCCAUAUGGAAACUUUCUUCGCAAUCGAUUUAGCGACAUUCACACACAUGUAUCUCGAUAAUUUUAUUUCAUUGUACGUUUCAAAUGGAUGAACGUUGUUAGUACAAAAACAACUUUAUUUUCUUUUACACCUCUCUGGAUGAUUAUAACAUAUGGGAUAAAAGCGACCAUCCUCUAUUUUCUUUCAUUCUACGUUCGUAAUCAUCAAGUAAUUAAAACGAAAAUGUCGUUACGGUUAACGCUUCGCGGCCUAGUUCAUUUUUAAGCUGUCAUUUGUGCCAAGGACGAUCUUUCUAGUUAAUAAGACUGUGUAUGUAUAUUUCAUCGAUUGUUUUAAAUGAAUAAUUUGAAAUAGUCUAAUUACGGAUAGUAAUCGGUGAAUAAAAAUGUACGCGUAACGUUAUAUAGAAUUUAUAUAUAGUGUGGACUAUAUUUAAGAUUAUAGUAAAUGUAUAUAGGUUAUUAUCGUACAGAGAAAAUGAUGGAAAAAACUCUAUUAAAGAACUCUAUUAAAGAACUAGAAAAAGAAUUUUAUGGAAACUCGGGGCCAGAGUUAUAUAUACACAGACAUACACAUACACACACACACACACACACACACACAUCCCCUACACACAGACAUACACACAUACACACACAAAUUUAUGUAUAGAUAAACAAACAAAUAAAUAUAUAUAUAUUUUUACUACCAAAAUUUAUAUUCGAAAUUUAUAUAUCUGUUACUGACGCGAUUGUGGCUUACAUUCCACGAUUUCAAUCUAGAAUCAUUUACGUGAAUUACGAGAGAUCUGAUUGGGAGAAAAAUACGUAAAUAUACGUAAGAGAGAGAGAGAGAGAGAGAGAAAGAGAGAGAGAGAGAGAGAGAGAGAGAGAGAGAGAGAGAGGGAGAGAGAGAAAGAGAGAGAGAGAAAAUGAGAGCGGGAGGGAGAGAAAGAGCCGCUUUUCAAGAUUAUUGUAGUACUUUUGCACAAAACAAAUAUAAAAUUGAAAAUCUGAAAAAUAUAAUGAACGUUUGUGCAAAUUUGUGACCGUACUCCAUGAAGAUAAAUCGAUAAGUUGUAUUAGGCUUCUUGUAUGCUGUGAUUUUUAUAUUAUGAUAACAAAGUGAAAAUAAUGAAUUACGAAUGUAAGAGGCAAGAGCAUACACGCUCGUGUAAUAAUAAAUGCAUAACGUUGUUUAAAGAAAACUAUAACUACGUGUGUCUUAUAGAUUUGUGUUUGCGAUAUACAAGUACAUAAACACGUGAAAAGAUGACGAGAGAAAAAACGUGAUUUAUAGUAUAUAUAUAAAUGUAAUAUUUAAUAUUCACGCAGGGGAAUCACGAAUAUAAAUGAAAAAAUUUUAUUGAUUAAAUCAAUGGGAAAAACUAUACAUUUUACUCAUCCUGCGCAAAUAUAUCGAAACUAGAAGUUAGCGACACUUUUAUUAUGUAACUUGUUGCGAACAUAAGGUGAACGAUAAUCGCUGUAAAUAUAAACUUAUUUACUUAUCAAA